AUGAUACUUUUGGAUAAAGCUAAAAGGGAUUUUUAUGAUAUUAAACGUAAAGCUUGGAGGAAGCCUCCUGCACCUAUACCAGUGUAUAGAACCCAGCAGGGGCCGAGGAACCGUGCGCAGCGGGCUCAGCCCACUAAUACAGGAGGAUCAAAGACACUCGCUGCUCUCAAUCUCUCACUCCAAGUUAAAAGAUCAGAUGUUGAGGAAUUCUUCAAAGAAGCUGGCCAAGUUGUUGACGUCAGAUUUGGUAAGACAGAGUAUGGCAGAUUCCUUGGUUUUGGCAUGGUUGAGUUUGCAACUGCCAGAGAGGCACAAAAGGCACUGGAAUUUCACGGUAGACGUUUGCUCGGUUGUCAAAUCCGUCUUGGGAUUUCUCAUGAGAGUGAACAAAGACCCGCACCAGCAUCAGCACCAGUGCAUAAAACCCAGCAGUGGUGA